AUAUGUAAUGUGUAAACGUGGGAAAACAGGCUACUUGUUACAUUUUGUAAUGUAAAGCUUGGACAACGAAACAAAUGUUAGAUUCUUUGGAUUUUAUGUCUCAUGUUAGUGCUGGAGAAUAUAAUUUCAUAUGAUCCAGCCAAGUGGUGUCAGUGUUUACUUGCAAAAAUGGUCUGUAACCUAGAUUUGUACAAUACAAAAUCGGGAAAAUAAUAGCACAUAUAGAUAAGAUAAGAACAAGUAACCCUAAGAUCAGACGAGACAGUCUGGGAAGCCGGGGCUAUGAACAAUGAAAGGCCAAUAUAAAAAUGAUACCCAAUGAUUACCUUAAACUCACAAUGAUUACAAUAGUCUGAGAAAGAAAAACUGAUGAGAUAAAGACAAAGCAGUAUCCAUCUCUGCAGCUCGGCUGUGUUACAUGUGACCUCAAAGCUCCAGUGAAUUCGUGGGAAAUUACACAGCAGAAGUGUCAGCAAUCUGCAGGAUAUAAAGACAGAAGCAGCAGAGACGGCUCAACACACCAGCUGAUCCUGAACCAGGCUACACUCCCGGUUCAUCAUCGUCAGCAUGAGCAUGAGCAUCAGCAUGAAGGCAUUCAGCGUGUCUCUGACACUCUGCACCUUUCUGACCCUAAGCAAUGCCUGGCCCAUGAACCACACCAGCCCCAUUAUUAAGUUCGGGGGCCUCUGUGAACAACUGAGGAAUAACAGCCAGGGCCGCCCUGGAGAGUUUGUCCCACAGUGUGAUGGUAACGGGAACUUCCUCCCGCAGCAGUGCUGGGCGUCCACUGGGUACUGCUGGUGCGUCAAUAUCAUCACGGGAAAAGAGAUACCGAACACGAGGACACCGCCGGGCGUCACACCUGUUCAGUGUGGCCUCUGCGAACAAGAGAGGAAGCACAGCCAUGACCGCAUUGGAGAGUUCAUCCCACAGUGUGAUGGUAACGGGAACUUCCUCCCGCAGCAGUGCUCUGGGUCCACCGGGUACUGCUGGUGCGUCAACAUCAUAACGGGGAAAGAGAUACCGAACACGAGGACACCGCCAGGCGUCACACCUGUUCAGUGUGGUGAGUGA